AUGAACUUUCUGAAGAGCGUUGCCUCGAUGGCUCAGAAUGCCAUUGAGUCAAUCAACAAUCCGAAACAUUUAACAGCGGACCAGUUAAUGCAGCAAGAGUUCCGAAUGCCAACGAGUGAACAUAUAAUCAAUGUGGUUGCAUGCGAUUAUAUUAUCACAAGUCGUGUUCUAUAUAGCUUGAGAGAUGGUGCUAAGAGUUUUUCAUAUCUGCCGCCCCCCAUUGAUGCCAAUGUCCGAGUUUCUGGAGUAUUAACUAUCACCGAUAACUAUUUUAUGGCUAGAAAAAACGGAAGCGAUCAAAACAAGGUUGUGUUUCACUUAGCGACAAUCAAGUCCUUCCAUAAGAUACCUAAUGCAGAGAUGGUACAUGUUAGGAUAUCAACAAACAAUGGAAUGAUUUUGGAUGUUUUCACAGAUGCACCUCGAAACAAAGCGGAACAAUUUUGGUACUUGUUCAACAAACAGCAUGAGUUAUGCAAAUCACAGGAGAUAAAGCUCAUGAAUUUUCAAAUGUCUUUAUAUUCCGAGUAUUUGAUCUCGAAGAAUUGCAAAAACUCGAAGCUCGGAGAAAAACACUUGGAUAUACCUCUGCAUCCUAAAGGAGGUCUAGGAUUGAUGUACAAAUUCCCGGGCGAUCAAACAAAAGAGCAGGAAGUGAUGAAGCUAAAGCGUUGGUUUGAAUAUUUUCGUAGAUAUGGAAGGAAUUUGGAACUUGUUCAAAAUCCUUUUUUCUUCAAUCUCAUUUACAUAGGGGUGCCGAAUCGGUUGAGAGGGGAGAUCUGGGAAUUGUCAUGCGGUGCCAUAUACUUACGAUACCAAAAUAACGAUGAGUAUGGAAACCUUCUUCUUAAAAAUAAAGACGGUCAUUCCCUUGCUAUUGAGGAGAUUGAAAAAGAUCUUAAUAGGUCACUACCUGAGUAUAGUGCCUUUCAGACUCCAGAUGGAAUCAAUAAACUCCGUAAGGUUCUAACAGCAUAUUCAUGGAAAAAUCCCGAAAUAGGCUAUUGCCAGGCUAUGAAUAUCGUUUCAGCUGCUUUAUUGAUUUUUAUGUCUGAAGAACAGGCAUAUUGGACUAUAAACGUUUUAUGCGAAAAACUAAUUCCAGGAUACUAUUCUAAAACUAUGUACGGAGUUUUGUUAGAUCAGAAAGUUUUUGAGGCUCUAGUUAAAAAGAGCUUACCUUCUGUUGGAGACCAGUUUGCAGCUCAUGAUAUUCAACUUUCAAUAGUAUCACUUCCAUGGUUUUUAUCUCUUUUCAUCAACACUAUGCCUUUAGUGUUUGCUUUCAGGGUUCUGGACGCCUUCUUCAUACAGGGACCGAGGGUGCUCUUUCAAAUCGCAUUGGCAAUCAUUAAAGUGAACUCAGAGAAAUUACUUCAAUGUACAGAUGAUGGUGAAUGUAUUGCUAUUUUUAAGGAAUAUUUUAUGAGUCUUGAUGAAACUUUUCCUGUCAAUGGAAAACUCAAGAGGAAUUUUGAUCUUCUGUGGGAAACAGCCUUGAAGGAAUUUAGCAUUAUUGAUGAUAAGCUGAUCGAGAGAACAAGAAAUGUUUAUAAAAAUGAAGUGUUUGAAGGAAUUGAUCUGUUUGUUAAAAGAGCUGAAAUUAGAAAUCUUCCAAAAAUGCACUAUUUAACCAAUGAUCAACUAUCGAACAUUUAUGAUAGAUACUACCGAGUUUUACUACAAGACAAGGAUGAUCCAAAUAGAGGAGAGUUAUCAAUGGAGUAUUAUUCAUUUAAGAUUUUUAUGUCUGAGAUUACACCAUGGGCUAGUCUUGAAUCUCAAGAUAAAACCCAGGAUAGAUUUUUGCAUAGACUCUAUAGUAAAUGGUCAAAUGAAUCAGACUUAUUAUCUUUGCAGACAUUGGUAUCUGGCCUUGACAGGGUUAGAGACCGUGAUUUAAUGAAUUCUCUUUCUUACUUUUUUGAGCUAUAUUUAGCUGAUGGGGAAAAAGACAGAAUCCCAAAAGAAACAGUUCUUGAGUUGGCCGAGGAACUUAUUUUUAUUACCUCUCCAUGGCGUGAUGGAACACUAUUUGAUACAAUAGCUAAUAGGGAGCUAGAGGAUUCCAUUGCAGAAAAAUUAGUUGAAAAAAGAGAAGCUUUAAUUGCACAAGGUGUCCAAAUUGACCCAGACCAAGAAAUCAGUCUCCCCGAUGAGGUCAAAUUUGAUGAAGAAAAGUGGAAGGGCAAACAAAGCCUAAGAUAUUUGUCUGCAAGUUCUUCUUUCUUGAAUUUGGCAUUCCAGUAUGCACUUCCCUAUGAAGAUACGAAUGCCCCUUUGAUUGAAUUGGACGAUACCGGGCGAAAUGAAAGCAUUACACAUAAUAAAGCACUCGAUCCAAACACGCCGGUCUACAUAACAUCAUCAAUGUUUAGGAUGAUUGUGUUAGCCAAUGAAACAUACUCUUCCUUUUUUGAGCAUGAAUUUUGGGCGUCUUUUGAUGUUGAUCUACCAGGAAAUACAGAUCAGUCUGUCCUAGGCGAUUUGGUUGGAAAUAUUCGUGGAGUGGUUAAUAAUGUUAUGGCGGAUGGAGUGAGAGUUGCCAAUCAAGUCAAAAAGAGGAUGGGAGACGCCAGGGCAAGAGCGGAUACUUCCACUAGUAUGGAAAGUGGAUUAAGCUCGUUAGGAUCAGCACAAGUGUCGGCCACCAGUAAACUGAACAGCCAUCAAAGAGAAAGUAUCGAUAGCAAAGGUGCAGCAAGUAUCAACACUGGUUGGACCCUAGAAUCCGGAGCAUUGAACGAAACCUUUGACGAUUCUAACAUUGAUGAUUUUAUGGAAAAUCCUGAAGAGACAGUCUUACUUGGAGAAAAGGAAAACGAAUAUAAGGAGAAAUUGGAUACCGUGGACACAGACGGCGAUGAAGAUGAAUAUGGCAAUUAUAUCCAAGCUUCAAACAAGGAUACAGUCAAUGAGGUAAAAGAUAAAAUUAGUGACCUUUUGUUAUAA